AUUGCUCAGCGCUGAUUGGCUAACAUACUCCAUUACCAAAGAUGGCGUGGACGCCAUUGAAUUUCGGAAUCUGAUCGUCUCGGCAUUACAGUUUUCUAAACUAUAAUUGCUCAUUUGUUAACCGCAGGCCGAAAUCUUGUUCUUUUACUCGUAACUUAAUUCGUACAUAAAGCGAUUGGAUAUACGUAAAAAAACGGUGUUUUAACCAGCCGACUACGUCCUCCAAACAUACAAAGGAAGUGUGCAGCGAUUUAUGCGAAUGACAUAUCUGCCUUUUGAAGGAGAAUUUAUCAUUUAAUAGAGAUCUUCAUAGAAUUUAUAUUGCUUGUGCAAUGAACUAGAUAAGCUCUGUUUUAAAAACCGGCUAAAUUUAUUAUUCAAAAUGUCGACGAAAACUGAACAAAUUCACGAUUCACAUCCUGGCCAUCAUCAUGUGCCGAAAAUAACUGACGACAACGCUAAUCCGCGUUUACCGUCUCGUCCACGGAAUCCCGAGGAACCACAUAUAGGAAAAUAUAGAUUAAUCAAGACGAUUGGUAAAGGAAAUUUCGCCAAAGUUAAACUGGCUAAGCACGUUCCCACGGGCAGAGAAGUUGCAAUUAAAAUUAUCGACAAGACGCAGUUGAAUCCGUCAAGCCUGCAGAAGCUCUUUAGGGAAGUUAGAAUUAUGAAAGUAUUAGAUCAUCCGAACAUAGUGAAACUGUUUGAAGUUAUGGAAACAGAUCGAACAUUAUAUCUAGUUAUAGAAUAUGCAAGCGGAGGGGAGGUAUUCGAUUAUCUUGUAGCACACGGUAGAAUGAAAGAAAAAGAGGCGAGGGCAAAAUUUCGGCAGAUUGUUUCAGCUGUUCAGUAUUGUCAUCAAAAACGAAUAGUGCACAGAGAUUUGAAAGCAGAAAAUCUUUUAUUAGAUGGUGAUAUGAAUAUUAAAAUAGCUGAUUUCGGUUUUAGUAAUGAAUUUGUUCCGGGAAUGAAGUUGGAUACUUUUUGCGGAUCUCCUCCAUACGCAGCCCCAGAAUUAUUUCAAGGCAAAAAAUAUGACGGUCCUGAGGUAGAUGUAUGGAGUUUAGGCGUAAUCCUAUAUACUCUAGUCAGCGGUUCUCUCCCAUUUGACGGUCAAAAUUUAAAAGAACUGAGGGAGAGAGUUUUAAGGGGAAAGUAUCGGAUACCAUUCUAUAUGUCAACUGAUUGCGAAAAUUUACUCAAGAAAUUCCUUAUUCUUAACCCUAUAAAACGAACCAGUUUAGAGCUGAUAAUGAAAGAUAAAUGGAUGAAUACGGGUUACGAAGAAGAGGAGCUAAAGCCGUUCAUUGAACCCUCUCCAGAGUUCGAUGAUACUGUUCGAAUAGGUAACGAAAUAACCGAAGAUUUUCAGUUUAGGAUUUUUGAUUUAGUUGCACUAAAAGCUGAUUUAUUUAUAACAGAAACUAUGCAGCAAAUGGGAUAUUCCCGAGCCGAAAUAGAAACAUCUUUAAAAGAGAAUAAAUAUGAUGAAAUUACGGCUACGUAUUUGCUAUUGGGGAAACGAACUUCAGAAUUAGAGGGAACGAAUUCGCGUUCAGGCAGUAGUCUUUCGUUAAAAACACCUCUAAGGAAUGAUAUACAAAACAACUCGGGUGUACAAAGCCCAUCACACACCUCCGGGAGCCAUCCGAAUAAACCACUAUCGAUCAGAAGCCAAUCAGGAUCAUCUUCCUCUCAAACAACAAAGGGCAUUGUGCGAAGAUCGAGUGAUGUACAUCAUGGUGCUCAAUAUCCAAGUGCUAAAGCUGACGAUAGAAGUGAAAAGACAACGCUAAUAAGUAGGAAAAGUAGUGCCGAUGCGAAGAUGGCUAUACUUAGUCCGAACCGAGGUACCGGUAGCAUCAAGAACAAAAGUGGAUCGGGUAGCAGUUCCAGAAGUCAUUCUAGUGCAGGAGGAACAGGCGUUAGUAGAGUUCACAGUUAUGGCUACGGAGAUAAAGCCGUUCGGCCACUUAUUUCUGAUGGUAUAAGAACACCAGGAGGAACAUCUAAUAGUAGACCAAAAACUCCCCAAACAGCCCCUUGUGGAACUACUAACGGUCAGGAUGGUACUUCGAAAUCAAGACAUAAAAAUACCUUGGUAAACAACAGUGGCGGAGGUGCUAGUACUGCACCUAAAGGACUUCCAAACUCCCCAUCAACCGGUUCAGCUGUAACCGGUGGUGGUGGUAGUCAUGAUGCCACCUUCCAACGUAAUAUAACCGGACGAAGUACAUUCCAUGGUGCUACGACGACGACGAAAACCAGAGGCGGGUCCAGUAGGAAUCCGCCUCAAUUUAAUGGGCCAACUUCUUCUGGGACUGCUCAUCACUAUCAGCAACAGGGUGAUGCAACUGCAGCUCAACGAGUUACUAGUAACAUAUUUACUAAAUUUGCUUCCAAGUUUAGCCGAAGGUCUGUAGCCGAAAGUCGUUCGGCCACGUCGGGCGCCAUAACGCCGACAGGGAGCGGGAGCCAGGCAGGAGGAGAUGCGUCAUCUAACGUUGGACCCGAAACAGGAGUCAAGCCUCGUUCCUUACGUUUCACGUGGAGUAUGAAAACAACAUCUUCAAUGGAACCAAAUGAGAUGAUGAGAGAGAUUCGAAAAGUCCUCGACGUCAACAAUUGCGACUACGAGCAAAGGGAACGUUUCCUACUUUUAUGCGUACAUGGAGAUCCGAAUACUGAUUCGCUGGUGCAAUGGGAAAUGGAAGUUUGUAAACUACCCCGACUCUCAUUGAAUGGCGUUCGGUUUAAAAGAAUAAGUGGUACGUCUAUUGGUUUUAAGAACAUCGCCUCGAAAAUCGCCAACGAAUUAAAAUUGUGA